UAACGCAUUGCAUGCCUCAGAAAAUAAAAUAAAAAGAAAUAAUUGAAAGCAAGCGGGGAAGAGUGAGGGCACUAUUGGAAUAUGAGAUGAAUGUUCAGGGGUAAAUACGUCUAAUCAGAAUACAAAGAGGAGAAGGCUAGGGUUCAAGCGAAUGCGUGACAUAUAAAUACGUUUCAUAUCUUCGCCGAAGGUAAAGCAGUCACAGAAUUCAGCAGCCUCUCUCGAAAUCUCGAUCGAAGCGGAACAAUGGGAGUUUUCACUUUCGUGUGCAAGAGCUCCGGCGACGAAUGGUGCGGCAAGCAGCUCUCCGGUGAUCUUGAGGCAUCGGCUGGUUCCACCUUCGACCUGCAGAGGAAGCUCGUUCAGGAUGUCCUCGCCACCGAUUCCUCCGGCGGAGUUCGAUCCUCGUUCUCCCUCAUCUCUCCCAGCUCUGCCGUUUUCCAGGUGAUCGUCGGUGGUGCUGUCGGAGGCGGAGGGUUCGCCAGCAGCGGUGGCGGAGGCGGCGGCGCAGGAGCACCAGCAGCUGCCGCAGCGGCACCUGCAGCAGAGGAGAAGAAGAAGGAAGAGGAGAAGGAGGAAAGUGACGAUGAUAUGGGUUUCUCGCUCUUCGAUUAGGUUUUCUUCAUGCACUAUUUGUCGGUUUUAUCCAUGUCUUCAGUAGCUAUGGAUGGGUUUCUGUGUUUCUUCAAUGUUGCUGUUUAGAUGGGAAGGAUUGGAUAUUGUGAAUUUUGAGACUGGCCAAAUUUUAAGUGAUGUUUUUCGAUCUUGACGAUAAUCCUCAUUAUGUUGCAUAGGCUAGAGAAUUGAAGGUUGCUCUCCGCAAUGUGAAACAUGCUCUCCAUGAUUGUGGCCGAACCCUUCUGGGUAAAAGGUUUACAAAGGAAUGACGAUUAGGUUUUGGAAAUU